AUGAAGCUUAUCUCCAUCUCCUUGUCAAUCCUUUUGGCUGCCACCAGCGCAGUUAUGGCUAGACCUGUUACUGAGACUACAACCAUCGUCAAACGUGCAUCUGCUGCCGACUGGAAGGACCGCUCAAUCUAUCAGCUCCUGACCGACCGCUUUGCUCGAGGAGAUGGUUCCACUGACGGCUGUUCAAGUCUAUCCAGCUACUGUGGCGGUAAUUACCAAGGCAUCAUCAGUCAGCUCGACUACAUUUCUGGUAUGGGGUUCGACGCUAUUUGGAUUUCGCCCAUUCCUGCCAACUCGCCCAACGGCUACCAUGGCUACUGGGCUACCAACUUUGAGGCAGUAAACGAAAACUUUGGCUCAGCUGAUGAUCUUCAAGCCCUGGUGUCUGCAGCACAUGAGCGUGGCAUGUAUGUCAUGCUUGACGUCGUGCCAAACCAUGCGGGUCCUACAAAUAACGGUGACUACAGUGACUACACAUUCAGCUCAGCGGAAAACUAUCAUUCUCAAUGCUCCAUCGACUAUGAUGAUCAGAGCUCUAUUGAACAGUGCUGGGUUGCUGACGAAUUGCCUGACAUCAACACCGAGGAUGACACCAUUGUUUCCAAGCUGCACGAAAUUCUUUCCAAUUGGAUCACCACCUACGGUUUCGACGGUAUCCGUAUCGAUACUGUGAAACAUGUUCGUAUGGACUUCUGGGGUGACUAUCAAGCUGCUGGCGGCGUGUUUGCUACUGGCGAAGUUUACCAUGGUGACCAAGCGUACGUGGGACCUUACCAGGAGCAGCUCGAUUCAUUGAUCAACUUUCCAUUGUAUUAUGCACUCAACGAGGCUUUCUCCUCGGGCGGCACCAUGAGUCGCUUGUCAAACCAGUUGAACGACAACAGUGAUUCUUUCAGGGAUGUCAGUGUCCUCACAAAUUUUGUCGAUAACCAUGAUGUCGUCCGCUUCUUGAACGCCAACGAUGACGUAUCUCUGUUUAAGAACGCAUUGGCAUUCGUGUUCUUGGCUGAAGGCAUCCCGGUGAUGUAUUACGGCUCAGAGCAAGGUUUCUCGGGUGGCGCAGAUCCCGCUAACAGAGAGGCACUCUGGACCACUGGCUUCGACACUUCGAGUGACUUGUACCAGUUUGUUGCGACCGUCAACAACGAUGUCAGACAAAAGAGCGGCAAAACGGUGGUGAUGAACGUUGAUGUGCAGGAUAACACUUAUGCCUUCAUCCAUGGUAACGCUUUGGUCGUCCUCAACAACUAUGGUAGCGGUGCUAACAAUGAGGUGACCAUCAGUGUCGGUGCAAACAUUGACGACAACACGGCCAUGACCGAUGCUAUCAGUGGCGCUGAAGCCACCGUCUCCAGCGGCAGCAUCACGUUCACAAUUACGGACGGUCUUCCAGCCAUCUUUGUCGCUUCGUCUUAA